UGUGACAGAAUCCAUGCAUGCUUCUAUGCGAGUCAUGGACAUAACCCAUCCAGGAUGGUCUGACUGUACUUAAACAGGCCAGCCUGUCAUUUCCACCUGGCCCUAGCUCUGGAACAGUUAUUAGGAUAGCAUUAGGCCCACAAGCCUGUGGUGAUCCCAUCCACUCUUUAGUACGAAUAAGACACUCUUUUCUGCUCACUCAUAUAUGCAUAUUCCGCUGGCCACCCUGACUAACCACCCUCGCUACGAUGCCAUUAAGGAAAUUGCCUCGCACCCCCUCGAUCCCGACACCGCGCUUGUGACCCUCACCGUUCUCGUGAAAGGCUCUCGCGAGGAUAUAUCCGAGUGGGACAUCCAGGAACAUAGACCGACCCUUCUCUUCGACUACUGGGCCAGCUUCAAAGGCAGAACACAGCAGGAUGUUCUCGGCAUUGGAGAUCUGUACCAUCCUUACAGGCUCUUGCAACACCGUUGUGUCCGCGGCCAAUGGCAGGUGCUCGUCCAGUGGUUAGGGACUCGGAGAAAGGGGAAUAUUACCGCCUCUACCACUAAGCAAACCACAAAGCGCAAAAGAGACAGUUUGACUGGGCAUCCCAAAUCAGUCAGCGAUAGGCGCAGACGAUCCUCCCGGCAUGACUCAAUACCUGCCAUCAAGUCGCCUAUCCCCAAGCCGUCCCCUUUCAAAAAAGUACAAUCGCAAGCCCUUGCCGACGGUCUGAUACCACCCCAAAGAACGCCUAAAUCCACCUUUGCUACCAGACGGCAAUCAAAUCUUACCGUGGGCUCUAUAACAUCCGGGGUCACCUCGUCUGCUCAUGCACAGCCCCAGUCAAGACAAAAAAGCCUGCGGGAAUCCUCCGUGGCAAACUCAAGUACCACGGCCUCUCGGCGUCUCAGUCCUGCAGACGUUUCCCGGACGAUGCUGCGGUUCAUGGACAGUUUCACCGUCGGCGACAUGCAGAAGGUCUGCAGCUUUAUUGAUGAGAAUUGUACGGGAAAGCUUCGCUUUCCUCUCUACAGCGGUGGUGAUUGGGAUGGCAAUGCUGCCAGCGGAAGGUGGGUUGACGUAUUUAUGCUGAGCCCGUUAGGCCGCCUAGGCCAAUGCGAUAAUGAAGUCGAGACGGAGGAGUGAUAUUAAUGUGGAAUGAGGGAUUUUGAUACUGUUGGUUUCACUGCAGGGUAUUGAUCGAUUGAACCAGAGCAAUAGCGCGACUAAUCACACUGGGCAGGUUGCUCGUUUGGUUCGGGUUGUUGGUAUUAUUAUGUAUCCUUUUUGGUAUGUUUGGGCCUGCCCUGCGGCAGCCUCUGGUGGGGUGAUAGAAUCCAUGCAUACUUCUAUGCGAGUCAUGGACAUAAUCCUUUCGGAAUGGUCUGACUGUACAAAAACAGGCCAGGGUGUUAUUUCCAUCUGCUUCUAACUCUGUAAGACUUAUUAGGAUAGUUGAAAACCCCGAACAUAUUGUUACUUAUACUAACUAAUAACACCUGCGUGACGCAAUGGCAAGCGUCUGGCAGCGUCUGCGUGCACUGCGCGCAGACGGUUGGUUCGAUUCCGACCGCAGGAAAAGCCGUUUUUGCAGUGACCUGAUUGGUCGCCAGGUAUCUAACACUGCAAAAAAACGGAGCCCUGGGCCCCACAUGCACAAUGGGGCUCUGACAACAGUGCACGCAUUGAGUUAAACUGCAUAGUGUUAUUAGUAAAAGAGUUAGACAAAAACAAGCUGCAAUACUGUAUAGGAAUAUAAGGGGGUUUUCCUUUAACCCUUUAAAGGGGGGUUACCCCUUAUAUGUAUAGAGAAUCUAGUAUAGUGUCUAUAG